GACAUCAGUACUGCGCAUGCGUGUCGAAAAGGAAGCACGUUGCUCCAGAACUAUGGCUGCCAUCGACGUUUCACUGUUUACCGGCAUCGGUCUCAGUGAGCAGAAAGCAAAGGAAACCAUUAAGAAUGAACACGUAUCACAGCUUUUGAAACUUGCAAUAGAACAGGCAAAAAGGUGUGGGUUGUCAUCUGUGGACAAGGAUGUCGGCAAGCUGCUCUACAAUGUGGCAACUCGUCUCAAGAAACAGAUCCAGUCCCACCAGGGGCUCCUUGUCGAUUACAUCGCCACGAAAAAAAUCACCACUGAACUUCAGCUCAAUGCUGCCAUGGACUACUUGUUACACAAUCCUUUGCCCCCUGUGGAUACCACACGUCUAGAACAGGAGAGUGGAGUGGGCGUGGCUAUCACACCUGAACAGGUGGAAGAGGCAGUGGAAGAAGUAAUGGAGAAAUACAAAAAAGAACUUCUAGAAAAACGUUACAACUUCAGCGCUGGGAUUUUGAUGGGUGAGGCAAGGAAUAAACUAAAGUUUGCUGAUGGAAAAAUGAUUAAAAAUGAAGUGGAUAUGCAGGUGCUACACUUACUGGGACCCAAGACAGAAGCGGACAGACAGAAACCAGUCACGAAAAAGGCUGAAAAUACCAAGCAGAAUGAAUCUCGGUCUAAAGAACCACAGACAGAAAGUUUCCUGAACCCUGACGGAUCAAUAAAGAGCUUUAUGCAGGUGGCUGGAGAAGCUGUACACUUCCACAAAGUUGGUGAGAAUUACAAAACUGACGGAUAUGUGAUCAAUGAACAUACUAUGGAGCGCCUGAAAAAACAUGUGGAGGCUGUCAAAGGAAAGGUCCAUUCAAGAUUCCCACCAGAGCCAAAUGGAAUUCUCCAUAUUGGACAUGCAAAAGCCAUCAACUUUAAUUUCGGAUUUGCCAAGGCCAUGGGUGGCUUCACAUAUCUGCGGUAUGAUGACACGAAUCCGGAGAAGGAGGAGGAGAAAUUUUUUACAGCCAUAUUGGAUAUGGUUCAGUGGCUAGGAUAUCAGCCCUUCAAGGUCACGCACGCCUCCGACUACUUCCAAGAGUUAUAUGACUUUGCCGUUGUACUCAUAAAGAAAGGCUUUGCUUAUGUGUGUCAUAUGAAAUCAGAUGAUAUUAAGGGGUUCAACCCCCCUGACUCUCCCUGGAGGAAUCGAUCAAAGGAAGAGUCCCUACGUUUGUUUGAGGAUAUGAAGGCCGGCAAAAUUGCAGAAGGGGAGGCAACUCUGAGGAUGAAGCACAUAUUGGAAGAGGGAAAGAAGGACCCUGUGGCCUACAGGAUCAAGUUCACACCUCACCACAGAACUGGCGACAAGUGGUGUAUCUACCCUACCUACGACUUCACACACUGUUUGUGUGAUUCUCUGGAGAACAUCACACACUCGCUCUGUACCAAGGAGUUCCAGUCAAGGCGGUCAUCAUAUUACUGGCUGUGUAACAUAGUGGAUGCCUACUGUCCUGUACAGUGGGAGUAUGGUCGACUCAAUCUUAACUAUGCCGUGGUGUCCAAACGGAAAAUUGGAAAGCUCAUCAGUGAAGGCCAUGUCAGGGACUGGGAUGAUCCUCGCCUGUUUACUCUGACUGCUCUGAGGAGGAGAGGAUUCCCACCCGAGGCCAUCAACUACUUCUGUGGCAAGGUGGGAGUGACCAUGUCCCAAACAAUACUCCAUCCGUCCAUGUUGGAGGCAUGUGUCCGAGAGGUGCUCAAUGUGUCCGCCCCCAGAGCUAUGGCAGUAUUAGACCCACUCAAGGUGACGAUAACAAAUUUCGGUGAUGCCCCUAAUGAUGUUAACGUCCCCAACUUCCCAGCCAAUGAAGCGAAGGGCUCACACAGGGUUCCCUUCACAGCCACAGUGUUUAUAGAGAGGGACGACUUUAGAGAGAAAUCUGACAAGAACUACAAAAGAUUGUCCACUGACCAGCCAGUAGGACUUCGUCACACUGGCUAUGUUAUAACAGUAGAAAAAGUGAUAAAGGAUGAUGACGGAAAUGUUUGUGAGUUAUUAGCUUCUUGUAAACGGUCAGCGGAGACGGACAAGCCUAAAGGUUUCAUCCACUGGGUGUGUGAACCCCUUGUUUGUGAAGUCCGCUUGUAUGAGAUUCUAUUUCACCAUAAACAUCCUGAGGAUAAGAAUGUUGUUCCUGGUGGAUUUUUAACUGAUAUCAACAAGAAUUCUAUGCAGGUUAUACCUAAUGCUUAUGUGGAUGUUUCGGUGAAGAAUGCUAAACUUUAUGACAGAUUCCAGUUUGAACGUGUAGGAUUUUUCACUGUAGACAGAGAUACUACCUCUACAAAGAUGGUGUUUAACCGCACUGUGACAUUGAAAGAAGACCCUGGUAAGAAGUAAUUCCUGCUGAUCUAAAACCAUCAGCCUUCUUUAUCAACAGCUGGCUGCCAUAAUAAACCCCUAACCUGACAAGAAAACGGUUUCCAGAAAUUUAAACAUUAAAAAAAUUCAUGAAGUUUAUAAUGAACAGCUACAUGUGUGUUGGACAUAUAAUCAGAUAUUAAAUUCAGGAAAAACAAACAUUCUAAUCUGUGACAUGCAAGAGGCAUAUACAGGAUUUGUACUUUUGAGGGACGUUUUUCAACAGCUUGUGGAAAGGACAGCCUAGGGACAAUUCAUUUUCAAUAUGAGCCACACUUUUUUUCCUCACUUUUUAUUAACAUUUUGUUGUGUCAUUUUAAACAGCCAUUUAAAAUUUACAGCUCAUUUUGGUAAGAGUCAUGUUAUUUUGAAAAUUAAAACUGGGUGAAGUAUGUUUUUGUGUGUGACAUGAACCCACCAAUGUGUGUGCUGUGUAUUUAAGCCUGGAGAUAAACACCUAUUCCGCCAUGUCCUAUCAGCCAGUUUGUUUUCCUUACCACAUACCAAACAUUACCCGAGCUUGUAGAACAUUUAGCCAGCCAUUAUGUAAGCUGUUGACAUGCUGAGCUGUGUGGGAUGGCUAUGACCUGCCCUGAUGUUUGUAUGGGUAGCUGCAGCCCACCAACAGUCUUGUGGCAUCUGGUGUCCCGACAUUUCAGCCUCCCCAUCCCACGCCCAUCAUCACCAACAAUUGGUGGGGCAUUCCUCCACAAUUACUGGGCCCUCUCUGAACCAUCACACAUGUAAUGUUAUGUUUGUACUCUUCUGCAUAUUUAGCAGACACAAA